UAAAUUUUCAAUUGAUUUGACCGCAAACAAAUUAUUGCGAUAAAAAUUUUCUUUACUUUUCAAGUGCUUUAAAAUCUUCUAAUGGUCUAAAAACAUUAUCUAGUUGCAGUUGUCAUUGAAUUAAUUCCUUCAAAAUGUUCAGUUUAACACGAAAAUCCAUUAAAAUUGGAUUAAUUAAGUUUAAUUCAACAUCAAAUAUUCAGGUAUCUAGAAUGUUGUCAUCUUUAGUCAAAACAUUAGGAUUUGUUGAUGGCAAAUGGACAAAUUCGUGCGAUGGUAAAAAGUUUGACGUAAUAAAUCCUGCAAAUAUGAAUGUAAUUGCACAAGUUCCUGAUAUGAAUAAGGAAGAUUGUCAGCGAGCAAUUGAUGCUGCAAACGAUGCAUUUUAUAGUAAGGAAUGGCAUAAUUCAACUGCAAAGGAAAGGUCUAACUUAUUGAAGAAAUGGUUCAACCUACUCGAACAGCACAAACAAGAAAUUGCUGAAAUUAUGACAGCUGAAUCUGGAAAGCCUAUUGGUGAAUCUCUUGGUGAAGUUGGAUAUGGCAACAGCUUUAUCGAAUGGUUUGCUGAAGAAGCUCGUCGAAUUUAUGGUGAAAUUGUGCCAUCACCUGUUGCUAGUCGUCAAAUUAUGAUGACUAGACAUCCAAUUGGUGUAGCUGGAUUAAUAACACCUUGGAACUUUCCUCAUGCAAUGAUAACAAGGAAAGCUGGAGCUGCUUUAGCUGCUGGUUGCACAGUCGUUUUAAAGCCAGCAGAAGACACUCCAUUAACAGCUCUAGCAAUUUGUAAACUAGCAGAAGAAGCUGGAUUUCCACCCGGUGUUAUUAACUGCAUAACAUCAAGUCGCAUUCAUGCAGCUGAAAUUGGUGAAUUGUUAUGUAAAAGUCCAAAAGUUGCAGGAAUAUCCUUUACAGGAUCAACUCAAGUUGGUAAAUUGCUCUACCGACAAUGCUCAGAAGGAAUCAAAAGAAUUGGAUUAGAAUUAGGUGGAAAUGCUCCAUUUAUUGUCUUCAAGUCGGCAAAUAUCGAUCAUGCAGUUCAAGGUGCAAUGACAUCAAAAUUCCGUAACUGUGGACAGACAUGUGUGUCUGCAAAUCGAUUUUUAAUUCAAGAAGAAGUUUUUGAUGAAUUUACUGGAAAAUUGACAGAACAAAUUAAGGCACUGAAAAUCGGUGAUGGAUCCAAUGCUGAUGUUAAAAUCGGCCCAUUAAUUAACGAGGCACAACUUCAUAAAGUUCAAGCUAUGGUGUCUGAUGCAACAUGCAAUGGUGCAAAAAUUAUUCAUGGUGGACGUCACUUGUCAGACAUCGGUCCACUGUUCUUUGAGCCAACAAUAGUCACAGAUAUUAAGACAAAUAUGAAUUUAUAUAAUGACGAAGUUUUUGGACCUGUUGUGUCACUCAUAAAAUUCAAAACCGAAGAUGAAGCAUUAAAGAUUGCAAAUAGUACUCAACGUGGUCUUGCUGGUUAUUUCUUCAGUCAGGAUAUUAGUCAAAUAUUCCGUAUCAACAAGGAUCUUGAAGUUGGUAUGAUUGGCAUUAAUGAAGGAUUGAUUUCAACUACUGAGGCUGCAUUUGGUGGAAUUAAAGAAAGUGGACUUGGACGUGAAGGAUCUAAGCAUGGAAUUGAUGACUAUGUUUACAUUAAAUACCUUUGCUAUGGAAAUUUGAAUUAAAAUUAGAUUAUUUUGAAAAAAUUAUAAAAGACGAGAAUUGGCACUUUAAAAAGGUAGCUAGAAUAGGCACCAAUGAAAAUAAGCACAUGAUGCUAGUUAAAUAGUGAUACUAAAUAAAUUGAUAAUAACGAUAAUUCCGAGAUUGAAACAAAAUGUUUCCAAUUGCUUUGACGGGUCUUCCACUAAAUUGAUAUAUUGUAAAUAAAAUAUGAGUAUUUGAAAUAAAAUUGAUUG